AUGCCGUACCGCCCCUGGAACUUGUUGACGACUUAUACCGUGCCACUCUACUCUUGCUAUCAGUCGAGUGCGGCUCUAUCGGACUCAGGAUCAGGCUCCAUUUCUACAUCGCCUAGCUCCAACGCCUCGUCGGCACUAGCUUAUACUUCCUACCCUUCAUACUCGUCGACUUUGGCCACCAACUAUCCAACUCACUAUUCCGUGCCAGGUACUUACUUCAGCGCUGCGUGUGGGUACGGCAGCAUGUCUUCAACUCGACCACUAAAUGAUGCCUCAUCGUCGGCAAUGUUACCUCCGGCAAGAUCACCAGGGCUAGGCCAUUCUGUAUCACCAUCCAUGGGUUCGUCGACUAGGGACAAUUAUACAACUGGAACGCCUGGUGUGCCUGGAUAUUCCAACGCUCUGUCUCCUCGCUCACAUCUACCUCGAUACAACACCCAGCCUGACACUCCUAGAAGCGUACAUACAACUACUAUGCCUUUGACUUACAAUGGUGCCUAUGCCACUACGUAUACCACAACUGCAGGCUCACCUGAAACGCCCCCCUUCAACACGCAAGAGACACUGGCCAACAUUACCUGUGAAGGUAACGCGGUGACACCGAGUAUCGACGCCAAGAUUGAAAAGGGAUUCUUCUAUUCUGGUGAUCGUGUAUGGACUUGUUACAGGAGGAAUUAUUUUUCGGUCAACGUAUCGUUCCAACUUUCGCCGUGGAUUGCUAAUGCACGCUUGUAUCUUGAACAGCCCAAUAAGGCGGCUCAGCAGAUACAAUCCAUGGCUGUAUCUCUCGCUGCUGCUGUAGAUGGUGCUACGGGGAAGACUAUCGAGUUGAUCCAGCAUACACCGAAGCGCGAUAAGGGCCCGCAGCUGCCAAUGAAGAAGGAAUUACUAGCACCAACACCUCCAGGGAAAAGCCAUGAACACGGCGGAUAUGGGCUGAGCAACUUCCAUCAGACCUCGACCGUUGCAGGUCCUCAGCUCCCUUUGCAAAGCGACAGCGACUCGUCACAGCAAUAUUCUCCCACGAGCCACGCCAGCAGCAACUAUCAACAUUCGUUCGAACGUAUACAAUUCAAGUCAGCGACAGCAAAUAAUGGAAAACGUCGGGCCCAACAGCAAUACUACCACCUGAUUGUGGAGUUGUGGGCGAACGUGCAAGCCCCUAGAGAAGCUGAGCCCAAAUGGAUAAAGGUUGCAGCUCGGAUGUCUUCUCCAGUCGUUGUGCGUGGAAGAUCGCCUAGUCAUUACCAGAAUGAGGGUCCCCACAAUGCCGGUACUUCGAGAGGAGCCCCUGGUUCUGGCCUGGGUGGAGGUGGUCAUCACGGACUAGGCUCAACUGGCCGACCAUCUUAUUUGCCCUGGACCACUGGCUUGUCAGGUGGUAGCGCAACUGGGAUGGGCAGUAGCAUGUAUCGUGGCAAUACAUACUCCCUCGACCCAAGCCCUGUCGGCAGCCAUUCAGUUAGUUCAGCGAGCUCUCUGAGUGGAGCCCCUGUUGAAGGCAUCACUGGCGAAAACCAUAUGACCGAAGACGAUGACGCGAAGAUUAUGGAUGCUCCCCAGGAUUACUCUUACUAUCCUGCCUCCAUCUACGAGCCGAUACCACCCAAGCUUGAAAGCACACUGCCCCCUCCCGAUCGCAGGAUCAAGGAUGAGUACCCCAUUGCUGGCUGGCAUCUUGGAGGCUGUGCAGGAUUGAAGGCGCGCACAAGGGAACUGCAAUGUCGGUUAAGGACUUCAAUGGCGUGGUACGACCAAGACAGCUGGCUCACGGCCGCUUUCUCCCCGAACCCUCUCACCAUACUCAUCACCUUCAUUGUCGCGAUUGGCCUGCCGAUAAUAAUACACACCGUUCUGUACAAAAAGGCAGCUGCGGCCGCGCAACAGCCUACUUUGUUGCUCGUUGGACCGAGUGGCAGUGGAAAGACAGCCUUUACGACAUUGGCCGAGCGCAAUGCUACGACGCAGACGCACACCUCCACUACCCCCCUCACCAUCUCCGCUAUCCUCCCCAGCCCACACGUCCCCGCAUCUUCACACUACCGCUCACCAGGCGACCCAGCCUUCGAGCGCUCCCGCAACUUCCUUCUCCUUGACACACCCGGCCACGGCAAGCUCAGACACUAUGCCACCGCCCAGCUAGCCGACCCCAAGAGUAUCCGUGCUAUAAUCUUCGUUGUCGACGCUGCCCAGCUGGGCGAUGAAGCCGGGUUGAACGAGGCAGGAGAGUACCUUCAUGACGUCCUUCUAUCGCUACAAAAACGCUACACCAACGCUGCAACAAGCAAAGGACCAAAGGAAAUUCCUGUUCUGGUUGCGGCAAACAAGAUGGAUCUGUUCACUGCACUGCCACCCAACCUUGUCAAGAGCUCGCUCGAGAAGACCAUCACGGAAGUCAGGGCUAACAGGGCCAAGGCGCUCAGGGAUGCAGGUGCGGCGCUGAGUGGAGGCGAGGACGAGGUCGAUGAAGAGAAGGAAUGGCUUGGUGAGGGUGGCGAAGGCGCGUUCACGUUUGAGCAGAUGAGGGAGAGCGGAACGAGUGUAGAUGUGAUUGGGGGUAAUGUUAUCGCAGGCAAGGAGGGCGGUGAUGUGGAGAAGUGGUGGCAGUGGAUUGCGGAACAACUUUGA